AUGUGGAUGUGGCUCCUCCGCAGCCUGGCCUGGGCUCUGCUGAGCCCCGCGGCGGCCUCGGGGCUGAGCCCGCAGGAGCGCGCCCUGCUGAAAUCGCUGGGGCUCAGCGCCAAGCCCAGCCCCAGGAGCCCCGCGCCGGUGCCGCCCGUGCUCUGGAGGAUCUUCCACAAGAGGAGGACGCUGCCCUGGCCGGAGGCAGAGCUGGAGUCCUGUAGGGUGGAGGAGUUGAAUGUCCCCGGCAACAUCGUCCGAGUCUUCGCCGACCAAGGCCGCUUCCUGCCCGAGGGGCAGCCCCAGGGGCGGCUGUGUCUGCGGAAGCUCCUGUUCUUCAACCUCUCCGCGCUCGAGGAGGGCGAGCGCCUGACCAUGGCCCAGCUGGAGCUCCGCUUCCACCACAACUCCUACCACGGCCCCAGCCCGGGGCAGGUUUUGGAGCUCCGGCUGUACCAGGCGUCCCCGCGGGGGCUGCCCCGGCCCGGCCGGGGGCCGCUGCUGGAGCGCUCCUUUGUCCAGCUGCGCAAAUCCCUCCUGUUCGACCUGAGCGCGGCGCUGGAGGCCGGGGAGGCGCCGGGCAGGAGUUUGGCUUUGCUGCUGGAGAUCUCGGGGAGCGACGGCCCCGGGAGCCCGCGGAGCCUCUGCGGCGGCAGCGACGCCUUCGCGGCCACCUCGCUGCUGCUGGUGACGCUGGGCCGGCAGUGCCGGGCUGCCCGCAGCAGGAGGAGCGCCCCGAGCCCCCCGGUGACCCCCAGCCCCCUGUGCAAGCCCCGCCGGCUCUACAUCAGCUUCAGCGACGUGGGCUGGGAGAACUGGAUCAUCGCCCCCCAGGGUUACCUGGCCAACUACUGCGGCGGGGAGUGUCCCUUCCCGCUGGCGGCCGAGCUGAACAGCACCAACCACGCCGUGCUGCAGACCAUGGUGCACUCGCUGGACCCGCAGGGCACCCCCCAGCCCUGCUGCGUGCCCGUCCGCCUGUCCCCCAUCUCCAUCCUCUACUACGACAACAGCGACAACGUGGUGCUGCGGCACUACGAGGACAUGGUGGUGGACGAGUGCGGCUGCAGGUAGCGGGGUUUGAGAGGGAACCGCGGACAAAGGGAGGGAAAAUCCCUUUUUAUUCCCCCGCUGUGCUCGGGGGCUGCUCGCUGUUCUGGGGUUAGGCUGGCGCUAAGGGACGGCGCUGGGUUAGGAUUAGUUGGGAUGGGGUUGUGGGGUUAUGACCAAGCUCGGUGCUGGGUCCUUCUCUGCGGGGGAUGCUGGCGCCGGGAUGUGAAUCCCAGAUUUCCCCCCUUGCUCGUGCCAGGCACCCCCAGGGCUGCAGGUUUUGGGGGUUUUGGCUGAACUCGGCAGAUUUCUCAGGGCAUAAAUGAUUUUUCUGGGUGAAACGGGGCUGGGGGUUCCCUGGGGUGUGGUCCAGCUGCAGGGACAGGGAUGGGGAGACCAAAUCCCUUCCCAGGGGAGGCAGAGCCAGGCAGGAGCUUCCUCUGUGCCGUGGGAGCUGCUUUCAGGGCGUGGUUGGUGACGGGGAGCUUUGGGGACAGGGCUUGUGUUGGGUGGCCAAACGCAGAGGAGGUUUUGCCUAAAAAAAAGAGAAGGUUUUCCCUAAAAAAAAAAAAAAAAAGGAGAUUUUCCCUAAAAAAAUUGAGAUUUUGUUUUUUAAAAAAAGGAGAUUUUACCUAAGAAAAGGAGAUUUUACCUAAGAAAUGCGCUGGGAGCGGUGCCAAGGGCAGGGUCCUGCGGGAAUGUGGCCGAGGGAAUCCCCCGGGGCUGUGCUGGGGUCAGCGCUCUCUCCCCUCCCAGCCGCUCUCAGUCAGUGUUAAUUUACCUCAUUUGCGAACGGCUGAGCCCAGGCUAUCCCCGAGUGUCCCCGAGUGUCCCCAAGCCGGAGCCAGGGGCAGCCGAGCCUCGGGCCGGGGCAGGGCACGGAGCUCUGCUCGCUUUUGCUUUUCAGGCUGGUUUUGGGGCAUUUGUUGGGUUUUGUGUGGCCGGCGGCCCCGAGGGGCAGCAGGGACCCCACCUUGGCCAUUUCCCAGCCCUGAGCUCCUCUCCCCCUGCAGCUGAAGGGGCUGGGCCGAGCUUUGGAGCCCGGGUGUGAAACCACCAGAGCUGUGAAACCACUUCUGGCUUUUGGGAUUUUGGGCCAAAGGAAUCCCAGCGAGACUUGAAUUUUUUUCUCUUUCUUUUUGAACUGUGAAGCCCUGGUGCAGCUUUGGGGUUUUUUUUUUUUGCUGUUUUCUCUUUGAGCUCUGAUGGUUUUCCCACCUCCUCCCCCCCAGGGGAAGCACUGAGGGUUUAACCACUGGGGGGGCCUUGGGAUGGUGAUUUUUUUGUUUUCACACCCAAAAUGUGGAGCUGAAUUCCCACUCCCAAAUCCUGGUGUUUCCCAGCCAGCCCCGCUCUGCCCCAUGCCAGUGUUCAAAGGGCUUCACUCCAGCCUGCAGGAGCAUUUAAUCCUGAUUUUAGACGGGCACAGGAAGAAAACCUCCAAGUAUUCCUGGGUUUGUGCCACCGGGGGGGGAGUGACAGCCAGGACAGGACCUGGGCUCAGGGUGGUGCCAAGGCCAGGCCUAAACCCCCCCCAGACCCAGCUUUGAGCCCCCAGCCCUGAGCCUGGCAGGGCAAAGCCAUUUCUGCGUUUCCCUCCAGGAGCUUUUCCCAAUCCUGGGGCUGGAAUAGAGCGGGGGCCCUUCCCAGUGUUCCCAGUUCUCCCAGUUGAGUGGCUCACCCCCUCUGCUAUGCACACCCCCACUUUUGUACUAGUCUUGUGUUUAAAAAAAGUAAUAAACUUGAAGUUUAUACAAUCAGACUAAA